UAUUUCUACUCAUUCUUCGAUCAACAACAACUUGCACUGCGACUUGUGUUUACACUUUUUGGUGCUAUCCGACACUUGGAAUUUUUGCCAUUUCACAACACAUAUAACCAUGGAUAACCUCAAACAACAGGUUAUGAUAAACCAGUUUGUCAUGGCGGCUGGUUGUCACGCAGAACAGGCGAAACAGUUAUUGCAAGCAGCGAAAUGGCAGUUUGAGGCGGCUCUUAGUAUGUUUUUUCAAGAUGCUUCAUCGCCAAUUUGUCGGACAUGUAACGGAAACCACGCCAACGGAAAUUACCCUUUGUGUACUCCAGCCAACACUCCUGCCACACCGCCCAACUUCCCAGAUGCACUCAAUGCACUGUCCAAGCUAUCCACAUCAGACAAGUUUGGGUCCUCACCAUAUGCCUCAUCACCUCAGCAGCUGUCUCACUCACCCAAGAGCAUGGAAGUAGAAGCACAGCGAUAAGGUUCUGGUCAAUGGGCUGGCCAGCAGAGUCAGCUGUGGAUGACGUGUUGAUGGAGGGCUUGGUUGACAUGCCACACAUACACCCAUGUUGAUGCUGCAUACAUGCAUGCUGUGUAGUGCGCUCACCUACAAGGUGGCGAUAGGACAAGAGGAACACUGGGGAUAUAAAUACUGCCGUUUCUGUUUUGUACUUUUGGAUGUGAAAAAAAACUCUUGGCGAAGAUCAUGUGGAAAAUUUGUUUAACUUUGUUUCUAUAUGCUGACAUUUAUAGUGCUAGUGACAAUUACUUUUGCGUCUGAAUUUUCUGCUUUUUCUCACUUUGUUCUUGUUUUUACGUAUCAUAUCAUGAAAAUUCAUGACAUCACCUUUGUCAGACCAGACUGAACAAGAGUUAUUUGGCUCCAUUGUGUUUCCCCUGUGCACAUAUGAGUGGAUGCAUGCACUAUUGUCUACACUGAUGAUGGAAAGAGUUAUUGUUUUGUUUGAGUACUUGUAAUGAGUGUGUGAUGGAACAGUACAACUGAGAGUAGUUGAACCCGAGCAGAAUACUGCCCUACCUGGAACAGUGCUGCCCAAUAGAGUGUGGCUAGCUGGGCAGUCAAGAAUGUGUGUGUGUUUAUGUGCGAAAGCUGUCAGCAUGUAGAGCUUCGUCUGCCUUGGCCCCCAAACUGGUUGGGGGGCGAAGCUCUCGGACUGUCCUCACUCUUUCCACACCGCACCAACAUGGCACAUGAUGCUUAACAGUUUCUUUGGACAAGUAUGAGGACAAAGCUAUCUUCGGGACAAGCCAGAUGAUGUCCUAAACAGUGAGGACUCGACUGUUCUGUGGACAAGCACGCCGACAAGCCAGAAUACAUGAUGUCUUCAGGACAGGCAUGCAUGCGAGCCAGAUGACAGGUUGUCUUCAGGAUAAGCAUGAAGAGAAGUCAGAUGACGUGCCGUCUGCAGGGCAGUCAAGGUGAUGCUGAUGCACUGGCAUGCCCACCAGCCAUCAUGGUAGCCAGCGUAAUUGUGACUUCAUCAGUAAAGACAUUUUGAAAGAUGCUUUUUUGUCAGUGACACUUUGUAUAGUUCCCAUAGUGUUUGUGGUUUAUUUGACUUGAACAAUUUACAUUAUGUAUGGACAUUAAUAUUGUGUUUACUUCCUACUACAGUUUCCAUCAAUUUGGUCUUCAUAGCUCAGAAUAUCACUAUUGUCUCACUUUUUGUGUGGAAGCUUCACUCAUUUACAUUGUAUAUUGUCAUUAUCCAUUAAAUGACCUAUCCCAAAUGUUAA